CACCCAAUACGCGGAUACGGAUGUGCUUUAUAUUCGAAUGUAUAUUAAGUUAUAUCGCACGUGUAUAAUUUUGAACCACGUGGUAGAAAAAUAAUUUAACACAUAUAUAUAGAUUUAUAUAUUUAUAAAAUAUUUAAUAUUGUAUUUAAUUAUUUGAGUAAACAAAAUUGUGACGAUAAAAAAAUCUUUUGUAUAUCUUAAUCUAUUAUUUUUAAGUAAACAAAAUUAAAAGUCAUAAUUAGUGAUAUUGUAUUAUAUCUAGUGUGUUUAACUUAUCAAUCUUUAUAUUCAUUAAAAAUGUGAGACUCUGAUACUAUUAUCAGACAGGGAUUUCAUUGUAGACAGAAUAAAAUAAAGUGUGUCGUUGUUACAACACGUGGUGUUUUAAUGGACAAUUUUUAAUAAAACUAAGUGCGUCGGGUUUAAUUGAUUGUAACUGAGUAAUUUAUUAUUAUUGGGUGAAAUAAGUGGGCGAUUAAUUAUUAAGUACAGUAAAUGAGUCGUUGUGGCAAUUCAGUUGCGUUGGGUUGAUUGAGAAGUGUAAGCGAUAUGGCGGAGAAAAUAACUGAGGAAAAGUUGAGAAGAAAUCCCAUUGAAAAGGCCAAUCCUCUCAGCCGAUUAUUUUUUUGGUGGACACUGGGGUUAUUUAAAAAAGGAGCACGAAAUGGAAUUACAGCAGAUGAUCUUUAUACUCCGUUAGCUUCUGAUAAAUCGGAGACACUGACAGACGAUUUGGAACGGGCAUGGAAUGAUGAGCUAAAGAAAUUGGAGGUCAAUGAAAAUAAUCAGAAUAAUGUCGAUAAUCGUAACGCGAAAUCGCCGAAACCAAGUUUGCUUCGCGCAAUAAUUAAGACAUUUUGGCUCAAGUAUGCGAUUAUUGGAGUGUUCCAAAUCAUCGAACAAGUUAUUCUAUUUAAUUUGCAACCAAUUAUCCAAGGAUGGGUUAUAUCAUUUUUUGGUAGCAAAAAUCAAAAUUCAAUGACACAAAGUGAGGCAUUGAGUUGGGCUACAGCUCUCAUAGUUGUGACUUUGGGAAUCACUUUCUCAUUGCAUCAUAUGAACUUUUUCGGUCAAAUAUUGGGAAUGAGAAUAAGAGUUGCAUGUUGUUCGUUAAUUUAUCGAAAAAGUUUGAAAUUAAGUAAGCCAGCGUUAGAUGAAACUCCAGCUGGUCAAGUUGUAAAUCUUCUUAGUAAUGACGUCAAUCGCUUCGAUUUACAGCCUGUUUUUGUUAAUUAUCUAUGGAUAACUCCGAUUCAGAUUGUUGUGAUUGGUUACAUUAUUUGGCGCAGUAUUGGAAUUUACACUCUAGUCGGGUACGGAGUGUUGUUUUUAAUAACUAUUCCAAUGCAAGGCUAUGUGGGAGUGGUAACAGGAAAACUUAGAAAUUUGACUGCUAAAUUAACCGACCGACGCGUUCAACUUAUGAGCGAAUUGAUAGCUGGUAUUCAAGUUGUAAAGAUGUACGCAUGGGAAAUUCCAUUUAAUAAAAUAGUCACUCAAACCAGAUUGAAUGAAAUCAAACAAAUCCACCGUGCGAAUAAUAUUCGGGGAUUAUACUCAAGUCUGUCGGAAUUCACGCAGAAAGCGAUGCUCUUUAUGACUCUUGUUAUUUUCAUAAUGGUCGAUGACAAUCCAAUAUCUCCAGGAAUCACGUUUCAAAUUUCGAUUUACUUCAGUACGCUGCAAUUGCUCAUGACAAUUUUCUUUCCGAUAUCAAUAAUAUCGUUGAUACAAGCAAUUGUUGCUGUUAAAAGGAUUGAGGAAUUCCUUCUUUUGGAAGAAGUUAAAGGAAAUGCAAACGCGAGUUUGAAAAUGGAAGAGUCCAAUAAAACUGAAGUUAAUGAUGGAAAAGAGAAAAAAUCCCCGACUGGAGCUGUAGUUGUUGAACUGAAUAAAGUUUCAGCCAAUUGGAAAUUUGGGCAGUUACCUCCGACACUUUGUGACGUAACUCUGAAGAUCAACGGCGGAGAACUUUGUACUCUUGUAGGUCCAGUUGGUUCGGGCAAAAGUUCUUUGCUUAAUUUGCUGCUGCAGGAGCUGCCAGUUGGCGCGGGAACAGUUGGGCUCUUUCAGUUCCCUCGUGAAGAGUCAGCUGAUGCCAGAUCUAAAUCUGGAUUUAUACAGGACAAUCCAGAGAUGAAAAUAUCGUAUGCAAGUCAAGAUCCAUGGCUUUUUACGGGAACUGUGAGAGAGAAUAUCCUCUUUGGGCAGGAUUAUGACAAAGCGCGUUAUGAAGAAGUAACGAAAGUUUGUUCAUUACUGCGAGAUUUCAAACAACUGCCUGAUGGUGACAAGACAAUCGUUGGCGAACGCGGAGCUUCACUGUCUGGUGGUCAACGAGCGAGAGUCAAUCUGGCCAGGGCAAUUUACAGACAAGCAGACUUAUACCUACUAGAUGAUCCACUCAGUGCCGUAGAUGCGCGUGUCGCUCGACGUCUAUUCAAAGACUGUAUACUCGAAUAUUUGAAAGGCAAAACGCGGAUUCUUGUCACCCAUCAGCUCAAUUAUCUCAAACAGGCUGACACAAUUGCAGUAUUGGAGCGUGGUUCCAUUAAACAUCAAGGUUCUUUCGAUGCUCUGACUAAAACCAGUUCUGUCUUAAACAACAUGCUCAAGGCUCUAAAGAAAAAUGAAGAAGAAGAAAAAACAGAAAUAGCUGUUAUAAGUCCCUCGAAAAAGGCUCUUGAAACUUCAGACACUGAAAAUGCUUCCGAGAACGGCAAUUUCUUCCGUCGAAUCAAGACGAGGAUGUCUCAAAUUUCUAUCAGAUCACAAGACAGUUAUAAAUUUAUGGUGAAUGAAGAUAUCGAGGACGUGAAUGCAAAAACUGCACUCCCCGAUGAAGUCAUGGGCAGAGGAUUCAUUUCUAAGGAGAUUUACUUCAGAUAUUUCCGAGAAGGUGGUGGAGUCAUUGGCGUCACUCUACUUGCUUUUAUGUUCAUUGUAACAACAGCUGCCUCUAUUGGCGUCGACCAGUGGAUGGCUUAUUGGACAACAUUGGAAACAUUCAGGCCGUGUAUUCAUUCCUCAGGCGGUUUUUGCCAGGGUGCUAAACAUGAAUCCAAUUCCCUCGUCAAUAACACAAUAUUCACUCCACUUCUUGAUGCUGACGGUUUGUUACCUGCGAACACGGCAGUCUAUAUCUACUUGACACUUCUUAUCACUUUUAUCACGCUCUCAAUGUCAAGGUGCUAUUUCCUUAUCCUGGUUGGAAUGAGAGCUGCGCGCCGACUUCACAAUCUCAUGUUCGCCAACGUUCUUAGAGCGACAAUGUACUUUUUCAAUACGAAUCCUUCAGGUCGAUUAUUAAACAGAUUUUCAAAGGACGUUGGUGCAAUGGAUGAUUUACUUCUACAGUUUAUAAUUGAAGCAUUUCUAAUUUUGAUGGAAGUCAUGGGUAUAUUAAUAAAUAUCAUUUCAGUUAAUUAUUGGAUGAUAGUACUUACCGCAAUUGUUGGAAUUAUAUUCUAUUUCUUAAUGAUAUUCUAUCUAAAAUCUGCCCAGGAUGUCAAGCGACUGGAAGGAAUCGCAAGAAGUCCAGUGUUUUCUCAUGUAUGCACAACAUUGAACGGUCUGACGACAAUCAGAAGUCGUGGCAAAGACGUACAAGUGAUGCUGCGUAAAGAAUUUGAUCGGUAUCAAGACGAACAUACCGGGGCGUGGUACCUAGUAAUAGCAUCUGGGACUGCUUUUGGAUUCAGUAUCGAUCUGAUCGCUUGUACUUUUAUUGCUGUUCUGUGUUUCUUACUGAUCCUUAUAAAUCCUGAGAAUACUUUCGGAGCAUCUGUUGGCUUGGCAAUAUCUCAAUCAUUAGCGUUAACUGGUAUGCUUCAACAUGGAGUAAAGCAAGCUACUCAAGUACAAUCGCAAAUGACGGCAGUUGAAAGAAUUAUUCAGUAUACUGAUCUACCAAAGGAAGGUCCAAUAGAGUCAUCGAAGCCGUUGCCAGAAAACUGGCCGUCAAAAGGACGGAUGCAAUGGAAAAAUGUGUACCUCUCUUACAAAGAAGGUGAUCCUCCUGUUUUAAAGAAUAUUGACCUGAUGAUAGAGCCGGGCUGGAAAGUGGGAGUUGUCGGAAGAACUGGGGCUGGAAAGUCUUCUUUGAUAUCAGCGCUCUUCCGACUUGUAGAUGAUGGACUUAAGGGGCAAAUAAUAAUUGAUGACAUUGACACGAAAACAAUUGGUCUCCAGGACUUACGAUCAAGUAUAUCGAUAAUUCCACAAGAGCCUGUUUUAUUUUCUGAAACUUUGCGGUAUAAUCUCGAUCCCUUCGACAAGUACACCGAUAAAGACAUUUGGGAUGCUUUGAGAGAAGUUGAAUUGAGUGAUUUGGCUCUUGAUCAAUGGGUCACCGAGGGUGGAACCAAUUUCAGUGUCGGUCAACGUCAACUCAUUUGUCUUGCCCGAGCUCUGUUAAGAAACAAUCGUAUUCUUGUCCUCGAUGAAGCCACCGCCAAUAUUGACUCUCGAACUGAUGCAUUAAUUCAGCGAGCGAUUCGGUCUAAAUUCGCAGACUGCACCGUUAUAACAAUAGCUCACCGAUUAAACACGAUCAUAAAUAGCGACAGAGUUCUAGUUAUGGACAAUGGUUGUGUUGCGGAGUUCGACACUCCUUACGAACUACUAUUGAAAAGACCAGAUAGUAUAUUCGCUAAAAUGGUUGAACAAACCGGCCCAACAAUGACCGCCAAAAUAAUACAGGAAGUGAUGGAAUCGCAUCAACAGCAAACAGAUAUACCUCCAUCAGCUCAAGUGGACGAUACCAAUCCUCCAGAUAAUAAUUCACCCACUCACGAGUCAUUGUCCGAUAAUACGAAACUUUAGAUAAACAAACUAAGUUAGAUUUUCUCACUUAUUACCUCAUUAUUUUAAUUUAUUAUCACUUAUAUAUACUACAAAUCUCAUUGAAUUUUCUCAAUGAUGUACUAAAUUUAAAUAAAUAUAUUUUUUAAAUAUUA